AUGGAUCACCGCGGUUCUUUUUUCUUCUUUCUGGUAGUUUUCUACCUGCUUCUGAGCUCGCAGUCGCAUUCACCUCUGGUCUCUCAGGAUGAAGAGCACCAAAGAGAGCUUGUGAGGGAGCGGAACGCGCUUCACAUGUUGAAUGAGUCUAAGUAUGGCGACUUCGAUCCGGGAACCGACCGAUGGCUCCCAUUUUCGGGUGUCAGGAAGAACGAUAGCUAUGCUUGGGAUCUUCUUCCAGAUGUUCAGGACAGAGCUCGGUUUCAGCUGCGGUCCACCAUGGCUGAAGCGGGCUUGAGGCCUCCCAAGGCCCUUGCCGUGCCUGACGCUUUCUCCGGUCUUAACUUGACCCAAUUACUCCUCCCAGUCUAUCGUAAUGCGACCGGUAAGCUGCGCGGGGAAUGGGUACGCCACAAACAGAACAAACAACAUGCCCUGUUGAACACGACUGCAAUUGCACUGGAGAACGAAUACUUCACGCAUGAGUUCAGUCACAAUGUUACGGGGGAUAGUGGCACUUUCUACCUUGAUCUCCGGGAGGGCGGUGGUGAGGAAGUCCAAUUGCCUGAGGGCCAGGUUCGGGAGAUCCGAGCAACUUUGGCUGUGGAGAGCGGCGAUUUCUGGGGUAACACCUGGUAUCUGUCGCUGUAUGGUGUUCAUUUCCCGGAGACGGGCGCUAUCAUCUUGACUACAACCAGCGAGAAAUUUGGUGGCGUAUUCGCAUUACCACAUUUGAUGAUGUCGCCAGACGCAUACAACCUCACCCACCAGCUUCUCGUCAAAUCCCUCUCGGACACUAUAUCUGAGAAGCAGAAUCGACCUCCUACCCUAUUUCCUUGGUCCUCACUUGUCGGGACGGAGCAGGUGGAAUACCCUGCUCCAAAAUGUGAACAUAUCGUCUACCUCCAGCUGCAUCCCGUCGCGAUUCAUGGCUACCUUACAGAUAAAACGAUCAUCGAGCAGAUAGAACAAGAGCUGAGAUAUCCAAUGGGAGCCCCCAUUCCGUCUCCUCCGCCCUUAGUUAUGUCAGCCGUCGUGUUCUCGCCUGAUUGUGGGUACAUUCUAGAGACUAAGGGAGCUCCUGACUUCCCACCGACAGAAGCACUCUAUCUAUCGGGGCCGAAGAUGGAGGAAUUUGGCAAAUUCUCUGCUCGCAUCAUCUUUAUGAUCUCAGCCUUUUCCGUUGGCCAGAUCGCAUUACUGUUGCGUCAAAUCAAAGAAGCAUCCACGCCAUCUACUAGGAGCCGGAUCAGCUUCUACACGAUCGCGCUCAUGGCGUUCGGCGAUUCAUUCGUACUUGUUUUCAUGCUACUAGAGCUUUAUCCGGCCGUUUCUUUCCUUGUUAUGACAACAGCAUCCUUCUUGACCUUCCUCUCGGUCAGUUAUAUCGGAAUGAAAUUCAUGAUGGAAAUCUGGGCAGUUCAGGCCCCGGAGCGAAGAGAGCAAGAACGUCGACCGAAUCCCACUACGCGAUCAGGGAACCUUCCACUCCCUGCUACUACGACUAGAGUGACUGAUACUGGCGCAACGCCUAUCAUUUUGACCCCCGACCAGGACCCUCCAUCAGAGGAAAACGAGCCUCCUGCGAAUCGGGGCGCUACGCCGACUGCGCAGGAUACACGAGGUGAUGUCGGUGCCAUGUACGCCCGGUUCUACUUUAUCUUGUUUGUCCUCCUUAUCAUAUCUGUCUGGUCUUUCAUUUGGCCAAACCGUAUGGGAGCCAUAUAUGCUCGGACCCUCGGAUUUGUAUAUCUAUCCUUCUGGGUACCCCAGAUAUAUCGAAAUGUUAUGCGCAAUUGCCGCAAAGCACUGCGCUGGGAAUUUGUGGUUGGCCAAAGUUUCCUUCGACUCUUUCCAUUCAUCUACUUUUUGACUGCACGCGGGAAUGUGCUUUUCAUUCGGCCCGACUCAACCACAGCCCUGGCACUGGCUGGCUGGGUGUGGGUUCAGGUCUGGGUAUUGGCUAGCCAGGACAUUCUGGGACCUCGCUUCUUUGUUCCUAGUGGGUGGGCGCCACCCGCCUAUGACUAUCACCCCGUGCUACGCGAUAGCUCUGGAUCCGGCGAUGAUCUUGAGUCUGGCGGAGUCCUUCCAAUCGGGGCCUUGAGGGCUGACGAGCGGGAAUACUCCAUGGAAGCCAAAGAUGAAGAUAAGCAACGGGCGAAAGAUAAGAAGAAGGCAGUAUUUGAUUGUGCCAUCUGCAUGCAAGAAAUCGAGGUUCCCGUCCUUGCAGCUCCGGGCGGUGCUGGCAGUAGCAGCAUGACGGACGGGGCCACGAGUCUCCUCAGCCGACGGACAUACAUGGUCACCCCAUGUCGGCAUAUCUUCCAUAGUACCUGUCUCGAGAGCUGGAUGCGACUUCGAUUGCAGUGCCCCAUUUGCCGAGAGUCUAUUCCACCAGUGUAG